CGCCCCCUCCCGCGCCCGCCGCGCGCCCCUCCCCGCGGCGGCGGCGCAUCCAGGGGCGGCGCGGAGCCGAGCGGAGAGGCUCGCACAGCCGCCAGUGCCUGCGAGCUCCAGGCUGCUUGGGGAAUUCACUUUGCCGCUUUUACGCUUCUCCCUCUUCGUGAUUCUUCUGCUGGCUUUCUGGCUCCGGCCCUCUCCUUUCCUUUACACGGAGAACUUCGCGGCGGUUUCUCUUUCCCCUUGGUGGAGAGGAUUAAAAGUUCCAAGAACUGGUGCCGCCCGUGCCGCUCGGGCGCUGGGACGGUGCUUGCCGGCGGGGUUCCAGUCCCACCAUGUGCACCAACAUAGUUUACGAGUGGCUGAAAGCGCUGCAGCUCCCGCAGUACGCGGAGUCCUUCGUGGAUAACGGCUACGAUGACCUGGAGGUGUGCAAACAGAUCGGGGACCCGGACCUGGACGCCAUCGGGGUGCUGGCGCCCGCGCACCGCCGCCGCAUCCUGGAGGCCGUGCGCCGGCUGCGGGAGCAGGAUGCCGCCGCCGCCGGCCUCUACUUCACGCUGGAGCCGCAGCCGCCGCCCGUGCCGCCCGCGGUGACCGUCCCCACCGGCCGCCGGGGGGAGCCGUGUGGCGGCCCGGCCUCGGGCACUCGCGGGGACCCCCGCAGCCAGACGACCGCCCCCCGCAGCAGGGAGCUGGUGAGCUACCCCAAGCUGAAGCUGAAGAUCAUGAUCAGGGAUAAGCUCGUCCGCGACGGCAUCCACCUGAGCAAGCCCCCGUACUCCCGCAAGCUCUCUGGGACUGCUCACAUCUUGAAACUCUCCAUUGACCCAACUGCGGAAAUCCUGUUUGUCUGCCUCCUGCUUUCUCCCCCAAAGAACAAUAAAUAAACAAGCAAGUAAGUAAGUCCCCAUGGCCGGCAUCCUAGAGUACUUAAUGAAUUGGCCGAAGUCAUCACAGAACCGCUAGAUAUCAUUUUUGAGAACUCGUGGAGGACUGAUGAGGUGCCUGAAGACUGGAAAAGGGCAUAUUUAGAACCUUCUUUCAAAAAGGGACAUGGAUGAUGACCCUGGAAAUACUCAUCAGCUUAACUUUUUGCUUGGAAAAAUUCUGGAAUAAUCAACUUAGUAUCCUGGGUAACUAACUUACAACAGCUAGAAGUGAGGCAGUGAAACAUCACAUAAAGAAGAACUGAGUUCAGUUUUGAGAUAAGGUCUUGUGCAUACUUUGGGAACUCUCCUGUCCAUUCUCCGAAUUCUUGGGGGGAAAUAAAUGAGGUUGGCUGAGGCA